AUGUUGCUUUCAAAACCAAAAGUCCUUCCCGAACGUCUCACAAUCGAAUACCUCACGGGUAAAGCCUGCUCAGUCACCAGGGGAGGCAUAAACACCAACAAAAGACAACCCGCCGAGGCUCAAAAUGAUCGCGAUCAUUUUGCAAAAACUUUGCUGAAAUGGCACUCCUUUUUGAUUGGAAGUUGAUUUCCCUCCUGCAAAAGGUGCUAAUUAGCCUUCCAAGCUAAAACAGGCAUUGGGCUUCUGGGAACUCCCAGGCCCUGCCGCCGAAAAAGGGCAAACGAAACAAGAGGAAACUUAGAGGAGCGGCUUGCGCGAUACUUCCUUGCCGCGCUUUAGUUAGUUCCUUUGCAGCUGAGCAACCAAGAUGGGUUCUUUUAUGAUAAGACAAGGGACAGGACCACCAGGUGACAAAGUGGCCUUUUCCAGAAGCUCAAGUAAAGCCAAGAGAAUAGCCUUAUCCCCUCAUCUGGGCUUGGUAACAGUUGCCAAAAGACAGACCUGGCAAACUGUCUUGGCCAUUGUUCCUCUUCUCUUUGCCAGCACUGCUGCCUAUAGUGAAAGCCAUUCAGCUGCAACUUACCAGACUCCACCCGGCACAAAACCAGGGUCUUCAGAUUCCUUGCCUUUCCAGAACUUGGCAAAUGGGUGGCAGUUAACUGAACAGGACUGGCAAAACCAGUCUACUAAUGGCCCACUGUGGCUGCCUACAGGGAGAGAUCCAUAUGCCACAAACCUAUCGGCUAACACGGUUGUCACUGUUGAUUGGACCCCUGUUGCAAAUACUCUACAGGAUUCAAAUGACAUCCAUGGAAAUACUGAAUCUGGAGCUGGUGGGCAAGGACCUCUGAGUGUAGGCUCCCCUGCCUUGCAAAUGGACCAGGAUAGUUCUAAAAAUCUGGAUCAUGCAGCAUCACUCACAGUUGAUGCACUUGCUAAAACUACUGAUACUUCUCUUACGCUUUCUUCUAAGGGUUUCAAACAGCCAGAAAUUACCAUGACAUUGUUGUCCCUCGUGUCGCAAGCAAAAGGAACUGGAAAAAUGCCACUUGCUUACACCAUGGGGAGGACAGCUACAUUUCCCCCAAUAUUGCCCUUUCCAGACACUAGUAGCUCCUUUCACUUGGAUACAAAUGCAACACUCCAAACUGCAUCUGCUUCCCAAAAUAUAGCAUCUGCUACUGACCAGCCAACCGCUGCUGACACUGCUACCUUGUCUUCAGAAAAAACACUUGCUGUGGAGCACAUCCCCAGGAUUGAUCAGGACUUCCAUGGCACAUGGCUGUCUUUGACUGAAAUGGUCUACAGAACCAGUGUAAAUAGGAUAACAGCUGGCCACAGUAGUGCAGUUCCUUCUACACAGAUUGACUUCCUCAAUGGCCAGCACAGGAAGAAAGAAGCAUCCUCCUUAACAUCCAUAAGUACUGAGACAUUGAUUGAUAGUCUUCAAGACUCUAUGACAUCUCCUGUUGGAACAACUCCUGGAACCACUAAUAUAGGGAUGAAGCUUCUCUGCUCAAGUAGUGGAGAUGUAGCCCACAGUUCUCUGACGUCCAGGUUACACACUUCUGCCAAUAUCUUGCCUGGCUCUCCUUCACAAUCUUCUGAUGCAAGUUCAAGCAAAACUUACUCUGACCAGACUAUUGUGCAUAAUGUCCAGGAACUUGGUACCACUAAAUUGGUGAGUAGGAGGCCUUCUGCAGCUGUUUCUGCAACUUUGUCUCAGUCCUCUAUCUUGCCCUCACUUAGCUAUCCAGGUGAAGCCUUGACCCCUGUUACUUUACCUGCUGUUAUAACUUUGGCAGGCUUCACUGGCUCUAGAAAGCCUAGCAGGUUUUCCACUCACCAGCAGCUUGAACCCCUGAGCACUGGCUUGCCUCUACAUAGACCCAUUCCCACAACUGCAGAGUCUCCUUAUGCAUCUGUGCUGUCUACUGCAGCUGAUGGAGCCCAUGUCAAUCCAGAGGUGCCUCUCAGUUCUGUCUUCCCUUAUAGAAGGAGCAAGAGCACAAUCCCACCUAUUUAUGGCCUAUCAUCCACAGUUGCUCUGACUAGCUUUUCAAGUCAACCAUCCAUGGCAGAGUACACCAUGCAAGGGUCUCAGUUGUCCAAAGCUGAGUUGCCUUCUGGAAAUGUGACUUUACCUGUGUCUCCUAAUCUAACAGAGUCUUCUGCUCUUGUAUCUAAUAGCGCUAUUAUCCAGUUGGCUGUAGAAACCACUACACAUGUUCCUCCAUCUUCAGCUGGAGUGCCAGGGUUUGGACUUUCUCUUGCCACUACAUUAUCUGACCUUGUCACUCAUACAGAAGUCAGCCUGUCUGUUGGACUCCAGAGUUCUCAACUAAAAGAGCAGGCUGCUAACUUAGACUCAACAUCUCUAGCUCCAUACCUUGCUACUACUAAAGAGGACACCUUGACAACUGUUGGUAUGGCAAAUGCUUCCCUAGCUGAAGGAAGCAGCCUGGAAUUGAAGGAAGAUGGCUCUCUUGUACCAGAGGAGCAUAUUGGUCCUAGUGAAGCUUCUACACAGGACACCAUCUCAAAGGGCAAAAGUGGCAUGACCUACAUAGUCUCUAGCUUCCUACAUUGGCAAGCUUCGAGUUCUCCUCCACUCAGCACACUGUAUUCUAGACGUGCUGAAACUGGGCAUAAUGUUCCCCUCCAAACUGGUCCAUCAGAAGCUGGUAUGUUGGAAGGUGCGACCACCACUGCUAGUUAUAGGAAGCAGAUAACUGAGCUCCAUAAAAGAACAGAUCAGACUCCAGCUGCUGCUAAACUGAUGCCUAUCUUCUCAGAGCCUCCAGUGAUGGCUUCACAAGGUACUACACCUGAAGACUUGGCCUUCAGCUUGACUUCUGCAGAGCCUCCUGUUGAGCCAACAGGAGCACACUAUGCCUGGCCUAAUAGAAGCGGGGCUAUGUCAUCCCGUCCUCCGAAUACCACCUCUCUUGCCACGUCGAGGAUUAAGCUGAUGUCUAAGGAGCCUUCUGAGCCAGAGACUCUAGCAGUGUCCUUGGCCACAAAGAUGGCUAGUGAUUACAUUGUACACAUGUUUACAGCAGGAAAUGACACUACACUCCUGUCUCGCCCAUUUCUGGAAACAGCAGGAGUUACAUUGCCAGUUGGAGAGGCCUCUGCUAGAAUGGCGCACACUGAUCUACUUGCAGGAGGCCCUACAGGUCGUCCUGCAGUGGAACCUCUCAGCACGACUUCUCAUGAAUGGAAGCUUGCCAUCCCAACACCAUCUAGAGCCACAGCUUCCCUUGCAUAUAUAACAGAGCCAGGAAGAUCUUUAGUCACUCCAGCCCAUGAUUCUAUAUCGACAGGCUUCACUUCAAUUGGUUCCUCUAGGAGCAGCAUUCCUGAGUCAGCUUUGGAGAUAAACUUUGAGGCUACUCAGGGCCUAAUGGGUAGGAAAGAGCAGGUGGUGCCUACCAACACAAUGCUGCCCAGUAUCUCAAGUGAAGAAACAUGGACACAUGACUUGAAAGCCACAACUUCUCAAACUAUGGCUAGCACUACAUACAGAACACCACCACUGGCCCCUGAAGUUGACUUCAGUGCCUCUGCUGUGACAGCUACAUUGGGAACUAUACUAGGAUACAAGGUCACAGAUGCUUUUACUGUAGCUGUCCCAGAAGUGAUUAGCACAAUGGCUUUGCAGAGUUACAGCCCAAGAUAUAGAGAGUUCUCUGGCUCUAAAGCUCCUGCAGAUCUGUCUGUCGUGGAGAGCAAAUCUACCCAGGCUGUCCCGGUGUCAUCAGUUACAACAAAUCUGCUGACCAACCUAAGAACAUUUUUUGACAAGUCAUCAAAGUCUACUGCAGGAGCAGCUUGCAGGAGUGCCUCUUGUAUGACGAGCACCAUCCCAGCAUCUUUCACUCCAUCUCAAAGUACCCUACUGCUUCCUACUGCUUCCCAACUUCUCUUGACUAGAAAGGCUUUGGUUUCUCCACUAGGGUCAACAGAUGCUGUGAAGAAUGGGACCACUGCUAUUCUUGGCACGAAGGUGACCAGUCCUGGGGAGAGUGGUGCAACAGAACAAAUGGUGCCUGUUACCCAAGGUGAUCACACUUCAAAGCAGCCAGUGACAAAGUUCAAGGCUCCAACAAUGAGCCAGUUUACUAGGAGUGAGAAUCUGACCUUUAGUACACCUGUAUCACCUCUUCUAGCUGUGCAUCAUCUACCUCUGCAGUUCCGUCUCACCAGAAUUGAUUAUGAGGAAUCCUUGGAGAACAAGUCCUCUCAAAGCUAUAAGAAGCUGGAGAAAGAAGUAAAGUUAACUUUAAACAAGAUGCUAUCUACAUAUGAGAGCUUUCUGCAAACAAACAUCCUCAAUUUCUGGAAUGGCUCUGUGAUCGUGGAGAGUGUAGCUCUGUUCCAGGUGGGAGGACCUGUUCCCACACCCUCUGACAUCAUCCGGACAGUUGUCACAGAGGUAGAGAAGAAGGAGAUGGACACCUUCUUUCACUGGAGGGUGGAUGUGAAAUCUCUUCGAUCAAAAGGGUUCAGCUUGCAAAACCUAGAACCAGAGAAGUUGGCUGUAUCCUUCACUGUUCUGGGGCUGGGAUCUUCAGCAUUUUUUGGUGACAUGAUAAACUGGGAACACUUGGAAAGGCUGAGAAACAAGGUGAGCCUGUUGCUUGGAGCACGGUAUACAGUUCAGAAUCUGUCUCUUGAUCAAGCUGGGAAUAGCCAGGGUGGCAUAGAUUUAAAUGGAGAGAUCUAUAUAGAUACUGCCAUUCAUGUGGACGUUGGCUGGGCUCUGCAAGUGCUGAUGGAACUUAAAAACUACUCCGUGGACCUCACAUCUCUCUUGAUCAAUGGGUCAAGGCUUAGCCUCCAGGUCUUUCCCGUUUCUUUCUUGGUAACCAACAGGAUAUUCAGUGAGAGAAUGAUGGAUCGUUCUUCUGUGGAACACCAGAACCUUGCCAGGGAUAUCUCCAACACGCUAAUGCAUGUAUUGGGAAAGUACAAAAACCUCCUGCAAGUGGCAAUCCGAGACAUCACUGGUGGAUCCCUGAUAUGUCAUGGAGAUGUGAUAUUUCAGCAUCCGGCUCCGACAAGCAAGGACAUCCUACAGACCCUCGCUCUUUCAGUUGGCCCAAAGGAUUAUCUGGAUUCAUCCAACCUUCAAGUGGACCCAUUCUCCUUUAACGUAGCAGGUGAUGGCCUGGAGCCUCCCUCUAGAAAUAUGGGUGUCCCUGGCUAUGCUGUAGCCAUCAUUGUCCUGUGUGGCCUUGCACUAAUUGCUCUUCCGAUCCUGGCUUUGCUGCCAAAGAUGCUUGGCCGGAGAGAAAAAAUUAUUAUUAACAGAGGACACGACCCUGAAGCAGGCAUGGAGACGUUUGAACUGGAUAAUGCAGGAUUCCACUCUACUCUUGAUGAGAUAUAUUCAAGACGGUCUGAAAAUACUGAAGCAUGAUGGUGCUCAGCGCUCAUACUCUCCUCCAAAAGCAGUUGGCUUGGGAUGAAGAUGGGAUGAAGAUGGGAUGUUUCAUGCCAUCUGAGGUUGGGCCUUUUCGCCUGUUGCGGUGAUCCUGAAAGAUGUUUGGCUGAGGAUGCAGGAAGGUGUCUCCUGGUGACUUCAGAAUAUGAAGAGUCACAAAUACUGACCCCAAAGCAAAAUUGCAUGAUGAUGUAUCGUGUGUUAAAUAAAAUUGGGAGGGGUGUGUGGAGGCAUCUAAAUUUUAAAAAGAGCAUGUAAUGGCUUCCCUUCAUAAAUGCCACAGGUGAUUUACUGGGCAUCUCUUUAAAGCUUAGGUUUUAAUGCAAGGAAAGGCAAACGGUCCAGAACGAAAGUGUGUAAGGCGGCAGCUGUUUCUGUUCUAUCAAUACCUAUAGGGAAGGGCAGUCCCAGAACUUGAGCCCACUGGUCCACAGGUUUAUACCUUUCCGCUGUGUCUAGGCUGGAGGGUGUCAUUGCAAAGAGCUCUCCUCCAAAAGCAGCAUGGCAGUCUCGUGUUUUUUAUUACUAAGUUGAUCUUUUAAAUGUGUCUUUAAAGCGUAUCUUAUCACUUUGUAUGUCUAUAGAAGUUUGCUGAUUUUUUUCCUGAUCAGAUCUUGGUGGGUUAAUAGCUCAAGGGGUGUUGGGGAUGGAUAUGUGUGUCAGAUUUGGUGGGUGGGAGAGCCUUGGUUAUAAAUAUCUGCCGGCUAUACUUUCUGUUGGACAACCUGCAGACUUGGAAGCUCUGAAGGCAUCUCUCUGCUGAGAGUGCUUUUCACUCUGCCACUAUUUUUCGUAGUUUAUGUUGGAUCUUGGGGGAGGCAUCCAUUGUUGGAAGAGUUUGGGAGGGGCUUUUGGUUUAGUUUACUAGCUAGAUGCAGUGUUUCUCAACUGGCGUGCCUCCAGAUGUUGUUGGACCACAAUUUCCAUCUUUUCUGACCAUUGGGAAUGCUGGCUGAGGCUGAUGGGAGUUGUGGUCCAACAACAUCUGGAGGCACACCGGUUGAGAAACACUGAGCUAGAGUGUCACAAGAAUGACCUUGAUGACAGACGUCCAGUUAGGGUUGUGAUCUCAAAGAGUCAUCCAGGUUGCCCUCAAAGUCAACUUGUUCUGUAACAAGCUUUCCAAUAGCUCAGAUUGGGAUCCACAAGAUCUUAUUCUUGGAUGCACUAAGGAAGUGGGCAAAGUCACUUUUGUGGAGAAGUGGGCAAUUUCCAAAUGAGAUUUUUAGCUUCUUUAAUUUUUGCUACUACAUGUUUAACCACAGGGUUAGCAAAACAUGCCAGUGGUUUAUCUGCAAAUGUCUCCUUCAUGCUACUCCUGGCUUCAGAGCCUUGCUAGUUUAGUUGCCUUAUAUCUGUAUUUCCUGGAUGUCUAGUUUAAAUCAGGAGUAGGGAACCUAUCUACCUCCAGAUGUUGUUGGAUUCAAUUCCCAUUGGCCAGUGGUAAGGGAUGAUGGGAGCUGUAGUCUGGUAACAUCUGGAGGGCUCCAGGUUCCCCAGCCCUAAUUUAAAAGGUCCCUCCUAGGGAAAAAUGUAAUAUGUUCUGCUCAUGUUGCCUUUUCAAGGGAGCAUCUUUUCAGUUUUUACAGCAAGGCUUUAGCAUCAACUUCACUUUUAUCCCUGGCAAAUGGUGCCACCUCCAGGUCACCUGGAAUGAUCCCCUGGCUGACUUUUUUUAUAGCAAAAAAAAUUGAACCUGGUUACUAAACACGAUAUACCUUUUUUCAGGCUUCUUGCUAUGUUUUCUAAAUGUUAUGUAUUUAAAUAUAGUUCUGAAUAAACUGUAAUGUAACUUUU